AUGUCCACUAACCUCUCGGCUACCACUUUAUUUACAGAUGUGAGAAAACGCAAGAUAAACGUGUUCAUUAGCAAAUCUCAAAUAAAUGGUCAUAUCUAUCACGUAACCACUCACGAGACAGUCUCCACUGCUUCGAACACACUCCAAAAGAUGGCAGGCGUUUUCGUGCUGCUGGGAUUCGUACUGUUAGUGUUCGUCGUCGGUGCGUGUGUUGUGUUCGUUUGUUAUUGGCGUUCAAAAACAGAACAACGCAAAGAAAUGCAAAAAGAAUACGAAUACAACACUUCUUAUGGAUCACAGUUUGGAACAUAUCCUGGCGGUGCUACGUAUCCUGGCGGAGGCAUGUAUCCUGGUGGAUAUCCUGGAGCGUAUUCAACGUACGGACCCGCAGGACAAUCACGAUACUGA